UCCUUUUCCUUCCAUCCAGAUAAAACCUUUCUAAUAUUUCUGGUUUUGUGUAUACUCUCGAAUCUUCAAUACAUUCCUGCAGCUAUAAUGGCCAGCUUCCCAGAUGAUAUCAUGAUGGACAUCCUUGCUAGGUUGCCUGUGAAGUCGAUCUUACGAUUCAGGUGUGUAAACAAGGCGUGGUGCAAGUUGUUGAAAGACCGCAAGUUUGUUCAAAAGCACCUAAACCAUACUACCAAAAAGAACAAAUUCAGUCUUUUGGUUAAUUCUGGUAAGGACAUCUACACCAUGAGUUAUGAUCCAACAUCUUCUAUACUUGAUCGUCCCGUGAAAACUAACUUCUCUGUAAGGUCCAAAAGUGGAAUUGCGGUUUUUGGGUAUUGUAAUGGCUUGGUUUGCAUAAGUUCUGGCGGGUCAAAAGUUCUAUUCCCUUGGAACCCGGCCACUCAGGAGUAUAAGAAAUUACCCAUUCCAGAACUUCGUUUCCCCCGCCCGCACAGUUGCCAAAUUGACUACGGACUUGGCUAUGAUGACAAGAGUGAUGAUUUCAAAGUGGUUUUUGUAGCAUCUUAUAGACACAUACCUAGGAUUGAGGUUCAUAUCCAUAAAUUAAGAUGUGACUCGUGGAGAUACAUUGGCGAAUUCCCGUAUGAUCUCUCUCAAGAUUCAAGGAUGUCUGAUAUAGCUCGUGUGCCUGUUAAUGGAGCUCUUCACUGGAUAGCAGUUACUGAUAGUGACGACCUUGACUGCGAAGCUAUUAUAUAUUUUGACUUUGAGAAAGUGACUUUCGUAAGCAUGCCAUUGCCUAAGAUUCCAAAUCCCUUGGAUGUUGACACCUUCGAUUAUACAAAAUAUGUCCGAAGACUGUGCGUGUUAGGAGGUUCUCUUUGUUUAAUGUGUUCUAAUCCAGAGGCUUCUAGCGAUGUGUGGCAGUUGGACAGCGAAACAAGAAAUUCUUGGACCAAACUUUUCACUGUCGACCAACAAAAGCUUUCUGGAUGCGUUUCAGACUUGAUGCCCUUAUGGUCUUUUGAAAAUGGUAGGGUUGUAUUAGGAUUGGAGAUGAGGUAUGCUGGUUUGCAUUUGAUCCUGUAUGACCCAAAGGAUGAAUCAAGUGAACAUCUCAGGCCUUUUCAGGUUGCAAGGGGGCGUUUAUUAAGUAUCUCUGCCUAUGUAGAGAGCUUAGUGUCCCUUAAUUCAGGUACUUAUUUAUGGCAAGGACAGGUGGAAUGCUCUAAAGAAGAAGACGGUUAUUACUUAAACGGUUAUUCCGAUGAAGAACACAUUGGUGAAGACUCGGAAGAUGAUGAUGACUUGGAAGAAGAAGAAGACGAACAAGAAGAAGCACAAGAAGAUACUGAGAGCAGCAAAAAGAAACGAGAAGAAGAUGAUAAAGAAAUACUAAACGAUAUUCGGAAGAUGUUCACGACUUUAAAGAAACCUAAGAUGUGAGAAUCUCAAGCACUUCUUUUUUAACUAAAGAACAGGCAGUAGAUGUGUUCUUAUAAUUAUCAGAUUGGGGACACUCUUCUGAUAAUUAUAAGAUAUUACCCAGUCUUUUUUUUGGUAGUUUUACUUCUCCAGUUUUUCUAGAUACUUAUUUGAAGAAGUUAAACAUGAAGUCAUUUUGUUAUAUCGUUUUUACUUUUUUCUCUA